UGUUAUCGUUCGUGCGCCAGCUUCCUUAUUUUAUCACUUCGGGUGUCUUUAUUUUGCCCUUUCUUCUCAUUUUGAUUCAGAACUUCAUCCUCUUAAAUUUACAAGUGUCGGGAACUUUUUCAUUCAAAAACUCCUCUAGUUUAUGGUUUUCACUAUACAGCUUUUUGUUUCGUACCCUUGACCCACUCUCAUUGUUUUCAUUACUUAGGUGUUCAUAACCUAGUGCUGUAAGGUAAUCGAGUUGUCAUAAGUUUUGAGGACCGAAAUUAGCUGUUAUGCCUCAGUGAUCAAGUGUUUUUGUUCCAUACAAUUGGUUGUUUUUCUAUGAGUGAUUCUUUUUUGUUCUUUUACCCUCUGAAGCUAGUGGUUAGCUAUGAGUUCAGUCAGAUGUGGUCUCGCCUCUGCUGGUAAAUUUGCCUUACCAUGGAGAAACAAAGUUGAACAAGGUCUGAUUGGUUGUUCCUUGCGCUAUGAACAGUACAGUAACCAAAUUCCUGCAGUGUACCCCACUCGCAAGUUAACAUCAGCUUCCUUGAAAGUUGUGAAAGGAUCUGCUGCUCCUUCUGGGCCCGAUAAUGGAGGUAACAAUCCGCCAACUGGAAAUGCAGGUAAUGGUGGUAAAAAACCUCCCAACACCUCUGCUGGCUCCUCUGGAAAAGGAAAAGAUGGUGGAUCACAAUUGUCCUGUCCAAAAUGUGGAGAUCCUUGCACUCAUGUUGAAACUUUUGUUUCAUCCACUAGGUUUGUGAAGUGUGAAAAAUGUCAUCACUUUUUUGUAGUUCUCUCCGAGCUAGAUACAAAAAAGUCAAUGAAAGAUCAAACCAGGGAAGAGCACAAAAGCACCAGGAAACCGCCUCCACCUCCCAAAAAGAUUUUUGAUUACUUGAAUAAGCAUGUUGUGGGACAAGAAUAUGCCAAGAAAGUAUUGUCUGUUGCUGUCUACAACCAUUACAAGAGGAUCUACAACAAUUUGCCGCAGCAGUCUGUUGCAAGUAAGACAGAUGCAGGAAUUAUGGAGCAAGGUCAGCAUUACUCUACAACUCAUAGAGAUCUGCUGCACAUUAAUGGACUGAGCCUUGGAAAUAAUGCUGCCAGCCAUGGCAAUAGCAUUGGAUCUCAAUCUGCGCCACCUGAUUCUCCGCCUUUACGUCGAAGUAACAUUCUGGAUUCUAAUAACCAUGAGCUUAAACUUGACAAGAGUAACGUUUUGAUGCUUGGACCAACUGGCUCAGGUAAGACUCUUCUAGCUCAAACCAUUGCACAGUGUUUGGACGUUCCAUUUGCUAUUUGCGAUUGCACUACUCUAACACAAGCAGGAUAUGUGGGUGAAGACAUAGAAAGUGUGAUCGCGAAGUUACUUCAGGAUGCAAAUUACAGCAUAGAACGAGCACAGAUGGGUAUAGUUUUCUUGGAUGAAGUGGACAAAAUAGGUGCUGUACCAGGAAUCCAUCAACUCCGUGAUGUAGGUGGAGAAGGAGUCCAACAGGGAAUGUUAAAAAUGCUUGAAGGAACCAUCGUCAAUGUGCCUGAACGCAACUCUCCUCGCAAACUUCGCGGGGAAACUGUUCAGGUAGAUACAACUAACAUUCUUUUUGUUGCCUCUGGAGCAUAUAAUGGUCUCGAUCGUCUCAUUAGUCGUCGUAAACACGAAAAAUACCUAGGCUUUGGUGCCCAGAUGAGCGAGUCUGGUGGCCGUCGGGUAGCUUCUCUCGCUGAUUUGGCAGAUCAAAGUGCUGCCGUGUCUGUAGAAGAGGAUAAUUCGGAAAAAGAUGCUUACUUAAGGCAAGUUGAAGCUAGAGACCUUAUUGACUUUGGUAUGAUACCAGAGUUUGUUGGACGAUUUCCUGUUCUGGUUCCAUUUCACUCUCUCAACCAACAGCUUUUAGUACGCAUUCUCACCGAGCCAAAAAAUGCAAUGGUGAAUCAGUACCAAAUCCUCUUUGGCAUGGAUAAAGUAGAACUCAGUUUUUCUAAAGAAGCAUUACUAGCAAUUGCAAAGUUAGCAAUGGAAAGGAAGACUGGUGCCCGCGGUUUAAGAGCGAUCAUGGAAUCAUUAUUGCUUGAACCAAUGUUUGAGAUACCUGGUUCUGAUGUUUUGAGUGUUCACAUCGGUGAGGAUGCUGUCAAGGGUAAAUCAGGUCCAGUGUACAUAAGAGGAAAACCUGUGGAAGAACGUGAAGCUCCCAUCAAAAUGAGGGCAGGUGGAAAAUGAAGAACCCAAAUCUACGUUUUCUAUUGAAAUGUGAUAAAAGUUUGAUCAUAAAUAUUUCAUAAUUGUUUUUAAUUUUGUUGUAUUUAAUGUUAUUGAUGCCAUUGUACGACUACAGGCAACCUUUAAAGAAGUACUCGAUUAAUUUAUGGAAUUCUAUGCUGGAUUUUAAAUCCACAAAUAUUUACAACAUAAAAUGAUAGUUUUCUCAUCCAAUUGAUGUAUAUGUAUUCACUGAUGAAGACAAAAAUAUCAGAAGGGGUGGAAUUACACUAACUUCUUGCAUGGCAACGGUAAAAACAAGUAUUUAUCAGUACAAAUGAGACCUUUAAACCCACAGCAGUAAAAAAUCAUUCAUUCACCAAAGAUGCACGAUACCUGGCAUGGGAAUUUACUUUUUUAUUUUGACAAAAGACUCGGUGAUUUUUGCCAAUCUGUGGUAAAAGUCAGUAUAAAACUGAAAUUCUCAUUUUAGAGAUGGAAAAUUCUCAUUCAAGCGUAUUUUCUCGCCGUAGGACUUCUUUCUUUUUGAUUUCCAGACAUUCUAUAGAAAAGUUUAUGCCUCAAGUUUUUGUAACCUUGCAAACUCCGUAAAUCAAAGUUUGAUGUUUGAAUUGUUGUCUGCCCAAGAACUCUUCUUCCCAGCUAUUAGCUUAUGAUAAUGCAAGGUAACCGAUUAAAGUCUUCAAAUGUAAUCCCAGAUUUUGUUUUUCUCCGUCUGGUAAGUUGGGAUACUUCUUGCGCCCAGUUUCUUUUGCUGUUGCAUUUUAGCACUUUUCAUGAAAUUCAGGAACUGUUGAAAACUUAUCUGUUAAAAAAGACCUGUGAUGUCAGCUUUCUGGGUUUUUUUUUUUUUUUGCAAGACAGUGAUUAUCUAGCCACUAGUGUAACUCUGCUGGUAUUCCAUUCCUCACUUUUUAAUCGGCCCUUUGCUUUUGUCAUGAAAUCUUGUCCUAGGUAUCGGUUGUAACAUCUCUUUGUUUGGGGCUAAGACAAAAUGUUUGAAACCUCCUGAACAUUUGAUAUUCAAAUCACCAAUAUUUUGAGUAAAAAUUUGUUACCUUCUUCAAAGAAGUACUUUGUCUAGCCACUGUUAAAUUGGAAUGGAAAAUAACACCAUGAAUGAGGCAUCAGUUCCCUUUGGUUCCAUUAUUUUGAAAUAUCUUUGUUCUCAAAUAAACUUCCAUCUUUUUUUCCGCCACUAAGUAGCAAAACAUUUCUGCUGUAAAUGUGCUCUGCAUUGGAUGUUUCAUAUUAUCAGACAAGAUGCCUUUCAGAACUUUCCAAGACUCCAAAUAAUCCAAGAAUAGUAAACAAAUUCUUUAUCAUUCUGGGUUAAUUUUAGAUGGCAGUUUUUUUCCCUCAUAUCAGGGAAGAGAAUAGUUCGAUGCUCGUCGACUGACUUUGUCCGUGAGAGGCAAACAUUGAAUCAAUGUUAAAUGUCUGUUCUACUGUUUUGCAGGGAAAGAUAGUUAAAUUAAAAGUAUUGCUUGUGACAGAUGUGUAAUUGAGUGUUUCCUGUAAAGAUUUCACCAACAUAUCCUAAAUACCCUCUGACACCGGUGGCUUCUAGUCUCAAAUUACUUCAGCUUCAAUUCAUAUUUUCAUCUGUUGAAAGAGGUUGGUCUGAACUAAUUUUCGAUUUUUCCCUUGUGUUUAGAGGGUAAAUUUCAUAUAUAUAUCAAAGCUCUGUGGCUGAGCUUUACUACUUGAGAGAAGCUGAUAUUGUAGACACUAAAUUGCAAGUCCUUGUCAGCUCGGGGUAUUGUUUAAGGGUUAAAACAUUGGUACAUUGGCUCAUUCCAAAAAUCCGGUUUUUCCAAUGUCCAUCAACCUUUUAACAACAAAGCAAAAAAGAAAAGAGAUUAUAAUAUACAAUUUGGGAAACCUUAUUUGGUGUUUUCUUAUAUGUAAAAAUGCCCUCCAAGUAAAAUUUACUGUACAGGUAGGUAGAUAAAAUUAAAAUUUAGAAAAACUUGACCAUUUUCAAGAGAAAAAACACUACAAAAGAUAAAAUAUGCGGUUCGGGAAACCCUUCUGUGAAAAGGCCACCCUGCACUGUGACGCUACUUCAUUUCUUAAGUAAAUUUUAACAAAAGUUUUCUGGCGUUUGGUUUCAUGAAUUGUAUUUUACUUUGCAAUACAAGCAAUUUUUUUCAAAUUAACUUUUUGUUGAUUUUAUUUUUUCAUUUUGCAUUCAAUUCACAUGAAAAAUUCCACGAUAAGUUCCCUAAUCUGUACGUCUUAACUGUUUGUAUCUUAUUUCAAUUUUUAAAGUCCAUAAGCAGUCUAUGCUACAACCUGUAUGAACUAAAUUUAAUAUGCAAUUCCAGUUUCGAACAACGAAUGAUUUGCUGCUUCUUGAGCUCCUCUCAUUUUUAUCAAUUUUUUUCUGUUAUAUGAAGGCCUUCUCCUUUCUCAGCUUUUAAUUUUUACGAGAAUCUUGUGUAGAAGUUGGAAACUAAGUCUGUAACAAAUUGUGAGCUAGUUUAAAAUUUUCAUUUCUUGAUUCAAUUUAAUAGAAAGUCAAGAGGUACCUUGUCAUAUCACUAAUCUUUGUUUCAACCAUGCAAGAUCGACUAUAAUUGUAAAUGAUUGCGAAUAAAACUAACCUUUCUCAGCUUUUAUGCUGUCUGCUUGUCUAUAAUGUGGGACUAAUUGUAGUUCUUGUGUAAAUUUUAGGGUAGGAAAUUGGAAGUCAGGAAGUUGCACAUAGAGACUGAGUUUAGUUAAUUAUUCGUGAAUUUUGUAUGAGACAGCUGAAAUUAAAUCAUAAUUUUAGUAGAUAUUGCCUUCAUAACAUUUAGGACUUUAAGAAGAGAAGGAAUAAUUGUAGACAUGAUUUUUCAUAACAUCAGGAGUUCCACUUACUCUACUUCAUGGUUGAGAGUUCUGAAAAUUAUAAUUUUUCAAUUUUUAGUGACUUUGUUACUUUUUCAAAAAUGUGAUUUGACUACAUUUAUAAUAUUGUCUGUAAUUUAUAUUAGGUUUAAUUUAACUUGUGAUUUUAUUUUCCUGUUUUCUCUUUUCUAAUCAAUCCUAUUGAAAUAAAAUUUUUCUUCUAAAGGACAA